AUGAUCGGACGUCGUCUCUUCGCCCCAAGUGUCUUCUACUUUGCCGCUAUCGCUGUUAUCUUGGUCCUUCAGGUCUCUCCCCUGGUCCAGUCAGCUCCAGUUGCCAUUCACUCACCAUCAACAGGACGGGAACAAGUGGUUGUCAAGCCCCUGGGCUCGAGCGCAGCCGAGGGUUAG